AAGAUGGUUGUGUCAGAGGGCGCCAUCAACAACAUCAUGGGCGGGAUGGAGAACACCGCUGCGAGACUCCACUCCCACAGGCACAAGCUCAAGCAAAGAUUCGACAUCAUCAGAAAAUUGGGCCAAGGAACGUACGGAAAGGUCCAGCUGGCGGUCAACAAGGAGACCGGACAGGAGGUUGCCAUCAAGACCAUCAAGAAGGCCAAAAUCGAAACCGAGCAGGACCUCAUCCGCAUCAGGAGGGAGAUCCAAAUUAUGUCAUCCGUUCAGCAUCCGCAAAUCAUCCAUAUAUACGAAGUCUUUGAGAACCGAGAGAAGAUGGUGUUGGUGAUGGAGUACGCGGCCGGAGGAGAACUCUACGACUACCUGAGCGAAAGGAAGGUUCUCUCGGAAGAGGAGGCUCGCCGGGUGUUCCGGCACGUUGCGUCGGCUACCUACUAUUGCCAUAAGCACAAAAUUUGUCACAGAGAUCUAAAGCUAGAAAACAUCUUAUUGGACUUGGAAGGAAAUGCAAAAAUUGCCGACUUUGGUCUUUCAAAUGUAUUUGACGAUAAACAUCGGCUAGAUACCUUCUGUGGAUCUCCCCUCUACGCAUCUCCGGAAAUCGUUAAAGGUGUUCCUUACACCGGUCCAGAAGUCGAUUGCUGGUCUCUUGGGGUACUGCUUUAUACAUUGGUUUAUGGUGCCAUGCCAUUUGAUGGCUCCAAUUUCAAGCGUUUAGUAAAGCAGAUCACACAAGGGGACUACUACGAGCCCAAAAAGCCUUCCAGUGCUUCAGAUUUGAUUCGUCAAAUGCUUACGGUCUCGGCUUCCAAAAGAGCCACCAUAGAAGACAUAUGCAGUCACUGGUGGGUCAACGAGGGUUACUUAGAAUCAUGUUUAGAUGUUGCAGAGGCCUUAGCCAACCAGACGCCCGUACGCCUCGAUCUACUGCUGUCACUUGCUCCGAAACACAUCAACUCUGAGCACAUGCUCAUUCAGCCAGAGGAAGAUGAGAGCAUGAGAUCGCCACCUACCUCAGAGGCGACGCGCCCUCCUCCUCAACUUCACUUGCCGCCACCUCCUCCGGAAGCCUUGCCCGUCAUUCCUACACGCUCAGUUUCUCUUGGUGCUAUUUCGUCUGUUAAUCAUAAUGAAAUUGACGCGUUACUAACAAAGAAACUGAAAGAGAAAAAGAAAGAAGAGGAUAAAAAGAGAAAAGCUGACCAGUCUGGGGUUAUAGAAAAGAAAAAGAAAAGGGAAUCGACCGUUGAAGGCACACCAAAAGUUAGUCGUAAAGAACGUAAAUCUGAAAGUACCUCACAAGAAGGGGAUGUGUCUAGUAGCAGACGGCCACCAGCAGGGCCUGAGGUUGAGUCGGCAGAGAGAAAGAAGAGUAGCACUGGUACCAAAAAGAAAGAUCAAUUAGCUGAUGGUGAUUCCUUGGAAUGCAAGAAAAGCGUCAAAAAGUCUGAACCUGCGGCGGAUGGUGAUAUUAGUGAUGUAAGUGAAAAGUCAGAGAGAAAGAAAAGCGUAAAGAAGCGAGAAUCAUCCAUAGGUAAGGACAGCAGUGAGAACGAUAAAGUAGAAAGAAAGAAAAGUGUGAAAAAGAGAGACUCGUCAUUGACUAGGCCAACUGAUGACAAAGAAAGAAGAAAAAGUACGACAAAAAAGAAGGAAACUGUGAAAGAUGAUAGUAGUGUUAGUGCAAAUAGUAAAUCUGUUACUGAAACUGUGAUAAAUGGGGAAGAGUCAAGUGAGUUAGAGAUGGGUAAGCCUAAGGUUACUGCUCCCCUUAGUACAUCAGAGGACCAAUUACCAGGUCUAAGUUUGAAGCCUCCACUUCCUAAGGACCAAGUUUUAGGCCGAUCUUCAUCUAGUGAUGCAAAAACGCGCAAAAGUAAUAGUGGUAAGAAUGAUAUGGGUAGUUUACCUCAGAAUGAACAGUCAGAACCUAUGGAAACUGAACAACUCCCUCCUCUUUCUUCAUCUUCGCCUGCUGGUAGUCCAGCAAAACUUUCAUCAAGCACCAAAUCAAUGGAAUCCUCAGCGUCAAACGAUGCCACUCUUAAGGCUUCAGAUUCUUCAUUGUCAAGAGAAUCUGUUAGCCCAAUGAAGCUUGGAACUAGCCCAGUUUCUCAGACACAAAGUGUUAAGUCCAAAUCUCCAUCACCUAGUCAGGUGAAAAAGGUAAAGUCUAAGUCAUUAGUGAAAACCUCCUCCAAAACUAAAGUAGAAGAUAAGUCUGUAGAAGUGCCUGUCAUGAAUGGAGAAGCUAUUAGUCCAGUUUCUCCUUCUUUUGCUAAAGUAGAUGAAACAGAGAAGAUUUUGCAAGAGACAGCAGACAAAAUUAAACAAGCUGAGGGUUUAAACAUUCCCGUGGUGAAGAUGGAUGAUACUCAGGGUAAAGAUGCAGCUAGUGAAGAAAGUUUGAAGAAGGAAGGGGAAACGGCUGGUGAUCAGAGGCGGAAGGAAGCAGAUUCCACGCCAGAUUCCAGUAAAGAUGCCAGUCAAUCCUCGUCUCUGUUAUCAACGCCAGCCCGUAGUCGGGCUGGUUCCGAGUCUUCCAACGAGGCACGGCCCGCUCGCACGGAUUCCACGAAACGUCAGUCCAAGAUUUUCAAAGCUGCUGCCAUGUGGGAAAAUCAGAGUUCACAGCAACCUCCAACUGGAGGGGAUAAGGCCAAGAAACCUGUAAGACCAGGAGGAAAUGCUAUGUCAGAUCUUACCAAGAAAUUUGAAGACAAACCCACGGCAGAUCGAAAAUCCAAAUUGGUUCCUUCAUUAAAGGUAUCUGAUGCCAAAAGAGCCUUUGAGGCAAAAUCAGCAGACAAGCCAUCUGUUAUCUACAGGAAGAAGUCACUAUCAGAUUCUCUUCCUCCAUCUCCCACAACCAAAGAAAGCCCACAGUUGCCAACAACACAGUCUGGACCAACCAUACUUCAGGAUGUGUUGAGAGAAUCCACUCCCGUUACUACCACAUCCCCCACAAAAGAACGUUCUCCCUCCAAAGACAAAUCUCCUGCUAAAGAUUCUGUCAGAGAGAAGUCCCCCAAGAAGGUCAAGGAGUCUGGUAGCACACAGGUAACUAAAUCUAAGUCACCUAAAAUGUCUGUGUCAGAAAUCAAACCUCAAAAGAAUGAAGGCACAGUUAUAACUCCUUCGCCUAAGAAGGCAGAAGGUAAACCUGAUGACGCUAAGAAAACACCCGUAACUGAAAAGCGUCCUGCUGGAGUAGAUGAGAAGUUAGUGAUGCCAAAGACGCCAACUCGCACUCUAGAGGUCAGUCCUCGAGAGACGGUAACAAGUUCCGAGGAAGAGGAAGCAGUAGUUGUAGGUGGACUUAACUUGAAGCUUGGAGGUGUAGGAAAAAUAUCUGAAGUGGGUACUAAACAGGAAGUAUGUAAAGCAGAGUCUUCUGACUCUUCUGAUUCAGAGUCUGAAGCAGAAAAGAUGCUCAAGAUUUUGUCAGAAAAGAGAGAGAAGGUCGAGGCAGCAAGGAGAGAAAAAUUACGUAAAGUUUCAGAAAUAAAGGACAGAGAGGCAAAGAAAGACAUGCCAGCAAUCAGAGAGGAACCUCAGUCGAAAUCACCCUCCAAAUCUCCACCAACAUCACCUGAGAAGGUAGAAAAGCCAGCAGCAGCAGCAGCUGCUGCAGCAGUGGGGGCGGCAGCGGAGAGUUCACCUGAACACAAGUUUGCCACGCUACCUCGAGGAUUCAAGACUAAACCUGCUCCAGGCACUGUUCCACCACCACCCUUAGGCCCCCCACCAAUGCCAGAUAAAGUCAAGAAGAACAACAUCAAUCAAGAAAUUGAGGGAAUGAUGUCAGCCAUAAAAGCCGUUGAUCGGGCCAUCACGAAGGAAGAGCAAGAGAUUAAAAUAUUACGCGAUUCACUGGCUCGUAAUCUGCCUGAAAAUAGAAAGGAAGAUAAAAGUAAACCUCAAGAUAGCGUUGCCACUCCACGUCCUGAGCGCCGUCCCGUAGUCAAAGAAGUACAAGCCAUCCCACCUGAACAGGUUCUUGCACCCUCCAUUAGAGACAGGCCUGUGACCACUAGCACCUCAGAAAGUAGAGCACGCCAGGGUCCAGCUGAUUCUCAGAGCAGCCAAGAGGCAGAACGCAAGAAAUCACAGGUUGAAAUCGUCCUAAAUAAUAAGAAACCCAUCGGGCAAGAACCAGACGCAGCCAACAGACGUUCUUCAUAUGCCGAAAUUCAGCUGACCUCUCCUACUGCCAAAGAAGCACUUAGACCUCAAGAGUUCAAAUCAGAAGUCCAGCAUAGUGUAGAACCACCUAGAAGCUUAGGGGAAGCGCAGCUUCAGAGGGCAAAGAGGGAACGAAUCAUUCCUAUCAUGUUGGAAGAUGAGGAGGAUGACGACGAUCGCACCACCAGCGAAGGUCUCUCUCGCUCUGACAGGCCCAAUACCACCAUUACCACCUCGUCAUCCCUGGGAUCUCGUGUCCUACCACAACCUUCUCAGACUCUGCACAGCCGAGCCUCUGAACCAAGAUCUCCUAUAUACAGAGCUACACCUGAAACAAUAAUGAAAUCUCGUCGGGAGCGAAUAAUUCCAAUAGCAGUGGAAGGAGAAGGAAUAGUAACGCCACCACCACAUGUCGAAGAAGCAGCCGAGCUUGGGGCAGCAAGGGCACACCAGGCAUUUACACGCACUCUAGCAAGCCGACCUAGUCCUCUCAAUGCUGGGAUGAUGGACGGUGAUGGGGAGUGUGGACCAUUAUCCCCCACGGGGUCACUGACAGGGGGGGCUCCAUUAGCCCGCAGAGUUCACACAGACCUAGGGCCCACUCCUUUGUGGCAAAGGCGGCUCUCUCACACUAACAGCCGGGGACGAGGAUUUCAUUUGGACCAUAGUGAGAGUUUCAGUUCAGCAGGUGAAGAAGAGGAGGAAGAUGAAGAUGACGGCUUCCAAAUACUCACGGCCGAGUCCUUAUUUUCCACGUUGCUCAAUCGUGUCCGCUCGCUGACACGUAAAAUGAAUGCAGACGAAAUGAGGAGUGACCGAAGUAGAGUACCAUCCCACCACCAAACACCAGAACCAAAUACUACCCCAAGUAGUGCUGGUAUUGGUGCAGGUCAUUCGUCAUCCUCGGGAUUUUGGUCUUCGCUGUAUAAUUCACCACGGGAUUCACCUGCCAGAAGAAUAUCUGAAACAAUGUCCCGCAGUAGCCUAGGCAGAGACGAUGAAACAUUAGGAGGCCUCGGCUCACCUCUUUGGACGCGUAGUGUAUCGCGUGACACCUCUGAUGCUGACACAUUAUUUUCAGAAGCUUCUACUCCAUUUAGUACAUUGCCGAGAGGAUGGCGAUCCCGAUGGUCAGGAGCGGAAGAUGGAGGUGAAUCAGACAAUUCAGAGGCUUCGGGUCGUUCCCUUGGGCGUCGUCCCCAGUACUCUCGCGUUCCAUCUCGUGAGCUUCACAACAUCCCUGACGAGGAUAUUGUCCCAGUCAGUGGUUAUGGCUACCCAGGAGGUGGGAUGUCUCUGCCCCGUCCUUAUCCUGGAAGCAGCAGUGGUUCUAUGCCACAAAGGGGCGCUUAUGACUCUCAAGAUCGCAUUGCAUCAAUGUACGGCACCAUACGGCAUCCUCAUCGACGACCACAUUCGACUGUGGUGCCGCCACCGCAGGGGGAAGGUAUUGGGAGGGAUGGUGGGCUAUGUGAGCAGCAAAUUCAAAGACCAGUGGUUUCAGAAACCUCUGCUCACUCUGGUGUGACAUCUCCACAACAGCGCAUGUCACAACUUUCCCCUAGCGGUCAGAUGAUGCAUUCUCCGGAUGAAACAGCAGCUCUCAAGCAGAGCGUGCAAGAACAGCUCCAACAAUUAGUGAGGGAGUUAGAAGCUGGUGAAAACCCUUCGCCUGAGGUUCCUUUGAUUCCACACCAACAGCCAGUAAGUCCUCAGUAUGAGAACUUCCCUAUACCUGGAGUUAGUAGGGUAAUACCUGUCACUCAAGUCCAAACAUCUUUAUCGGUCUCUUCACCUGGUCCUACACCAAAUUUUACAAUGCCAAAGUGUUUUCCACCACCACAAAAGUCUAAUUUAGGGCCUCCGCCUGUUCAGAGCAGUUUGUCAGUAGAACCAGGUAAUGCAAAGGGUAUCCAUUAUGAUGGCCAGAGCUCAACGAGCAGCAAUCAAAGCACGCAAGAUUUCCCUGUAAUAAGCAACCAAAGCAUGACAGCACCAACCUCCAUUCCAGUUUGUUACUCAACUACAAGUAGUUCUGUCAGUCCUACAUUAGUCCCACAGAAUAACGUUGCCUUUGGCGACGGUAUUAACCAAGGAACAUUCAUGCGUCAUACAGGAAGCGACCAAGUCGGGUACAACGCAAUCCUGGACAUCAGCAGAGAAGAUGCAGGGAGUCCCCUGGGCAGUGAUGGCAUUCCAGAGAGUGGUGUUCGCAGAGCUACCGCAAUCAACGAAGACUGGCUACGAUCGGGCGGCCCUGUGGUCCGAAGCGCCGAGACGACUGCUUUAGAAGCCUACAGACGUUCGAGAGGAAAAGAACAGCAGAGAGGAAGAUCUGAGGAGGCAUGUCACACAACCGAUUCCCUUGCAAGAAUGGAAGAAGCAAAUUUUGGUGAAAUUUCUAGUCCUCCACCUAUAUACUCCAAUGUGACUCAAGAUAUUUGUCAGGUCACACCUUCAGCGCUCGGUGCUCCAGGAGGGAUCAGCAGUGCUCUUCCACUGCCGCAGCAAAUGGUAGUCUCAAAGUCUGACUCCACAAGUGUCAGUGAAACAAACAGGAAUGAAAUGAUUGCAAAUACAAUACCUCAUGCAAAUGCCAGAGGUGGUUGUACAAAUAACGACCAAAACAAUAAUGGCGGUCUCAUGAUCAGCAGAUCCACGAGUGGCAUUCCUCUUAAAAGUAACAGUCGUAGUAAUAUCACUAGCAGAGGUAGUUUUAGUGGUCUUAGUACUAGUAUUUCAAAUCUCAAGGUCACCAGUGAAGCACCACAGACAAAAUCCUACAGACGAAGUAAAUCUAAGGAACUCACCCCUGCCAUUGAAGCAGCUAGUGAAAAAUUCAGUCAACUCAACUCUAGCACUUUGAAGCGUAUAUCGCCAUUCGAGGCUUACAGAAGAACUAAAUCUAAAGAGUUACCUAUAGAUGCUGCCAGUAAAGAAGCUGUUAAUGCUAGAUUGAAAUCUCCUCCUCCAGGCCCUGAAAGAGCAAAGUCACCCUUUGAAAGAGCCCGUUCAUCCAUUGAAAGGCAGUUUGAACGGGCAAAGUCCCCAAUCGCUGAGAGAGCAGCUAACAGAAAGAGUGAAUCUUUAGCCAGUUCAAUACAUAUGCCACCCACACCUAUUCUUGGUCGUGCCACCAGUAUGGGAAGAGAAAAAUCUGAUACUGAGGCUGACCAUGACAAAGAUAUGGACAAUGCUAAACUGGCUGAAAAGAAGGAUAAGGAAAAAAGCCAAGUUAAAAAGACAUCAUCCUGCGAUCCCGACAAGCCCAAGUCCAUGUAUAAAUUACUAGCAUCACGCUUCAACAGAUCUGGUUCAAAUGUGCCUGAAGGUAGUAACCGGCAGCCAACGGAUAAACGGCCGGAAGACGAUGAUGUUAGUGAAAAAGAAGAAAAAUUCAAACUCAAAAGGCCUUCUAGAUUCAUGAAGCACAAAGCAGAAAAGAGCUCCUCUAAAUCAAGUUUAUGUGAAGGGGAAAGCAGCCAAGACAGCUCAGAAAGGAUAGAAAGGAAACCUUCCAAAAAGCUCACCGACGCUCUGAAUAAAUUUCUUGGUCGAAAAGAUUCCAAAGAGGAGCAGAAACUUGCCGCUAAUUCUUCACCUCAACUUACAGACUCCUCACUUUUGGGAGAUGACCAACCUAGAAAGCCUCCCCGAGUGAAGUCAAAGAAAUUUUCAAAGAGUCAAGAGAAUCUGUGCAGAGUUGAAGAAGGAGGUGAAGUUGUUCUUGGAAUGCCUCAGACAGAAAGAGCACAGAGUGUUGUGCCACAGAUGAAAUCACCUAAUCUACUACAGCCAGAUUUUACUCUGGAGUCUGUUACUAAAAGUAUAUGUGACCACUUAUCACAACUAGAAAAUGACAUUUCUUCACGGAUAGGAAACAUGAAUAUGCAGAACUCAGAUACUACCCUUGUCUCGAGCAAUGGCACACAAUCUCUUCCUACCACAUCAUCUGUCUCAUCACUAAACAGCUACGGUUUAUCACCAGGCUUGGCAAGUCGUCGCAAUGCAAGACCAACAAACUUGGAUAUAGCUGCGGCAAAAAUUGAUAAUGGUUCACACAGUACCUCAUCAAUACCAAGAGAAAGUGCAGUGAUAUCUCCUAGUGAUUUAAAUAUAGACAGUGAAGAAGUGAAGUUUGCUAAAAUAAAAGGCCUUGGACCUCCUGGAAAUGGGCAUCACUUGGACGAUGGUAAUCAAACACCAACAGAAUCAGGAGAAUCUACAACUUCAUAUGGAGAUGAAAUGAGAGGGCAAAGUGAAAAUGAUGAUGAAAGUGUUAUGGACAGAAUAACUAGGAAGAGCUAUUACACAAGAUUCCAAGAAAUGAAGAAGAAACCAAAAUUGAGAAGGGCUAACACCAAAGAAGAUAUGGACAUGCAAUUAGCUGCAGCAAAAGCUCGUCUGAUGAAAGAGGAAACCCAAAAGACUGUGAGAGAUUCCCUUAGUCCUCUACGUUUUGGUGGAACCUCUCCAGCUACCUCCCCUAGGGCUUCUGUUACCUCACCCCCUUCCUGGGACCCUAUACGAAAACACUCCAGAAAAUCCCUACCUCCAGAGGAUCUGACAAGUACUUACUUGAUGGGUGCCAGGAGAGGUGCCUCUCUGCAGCCUGAUGAUCCACGUCAUAAAAGACGCCACACUUCUGUACAGCCAGACGACAGAAUUGCAGGACGUCUGCCAUCCCUCCCCCCCGAAGAUAGGGCAUACAACCAAAGGGCUCCAUCUCUUGGCCGAGAUCCUAUGACUUCUCACAGAACUUAUUCCAAAUCCAUUCCAUCAAAUAACUCCAUGAGUCUACCAACCAGUCCACUUACGACAUAUGAAUCUUCUAAUGAGGACAGAGUUCAAGAUGCAGUUGCAGCAGCAAUGGCUGCCGGAGCUAUGGCAGGAGAAGCUGCAGCAUUAGCCGGUGAUGCCAUCGACGGAGUGAGAGAGGAGCGACGAAGCGCUUCAAGAGAGCCAUCAAUCAGCCGUUUAAGAAGUCCAGAACCAGUGAAGCUUCAAACCUCUUCACAAGAGGAAACUCGAAACAUGGCAAGAGAAGAACUCUCGCGUCGACUGACUCACCUCACUCGAAUAUCUGGAACGAGCGGGUUGAGUGCUGCAGCGAGAGGAGGAAAGAUUGGUUCUCCUGAGAAGAGUGUCAUAAAACCAUAUCGCCGCACAAACACAGCUGGGCAGCUCGGUGACCCCACACCAGGCCUGGUUGCACCCGGUGCUGGAAUGAUGGAAAGACCUGUGUAUCGCAGAACAAAUACCAUGGACAUACCGCCGGCUGAUGCUCGCGCCCGCCCAGGGAGUGAGUACAGACGCUUACUGCAGGAUCCAUCUCGUCGUUACUCGGCUGCCAGCAUGGGGAGGUUUGGAGACACGGGAAGGCACAUUCUACACGAGACACUGGUGGAAGAAGAGGCACCAUCGACGUCGCCAACGAGAAUCUCAAGAAACCACCACACGCCGUCGACCAUCAACUCUUCGUCUACCCUGUCAACACCCUCUUAUCGCCUGGGGUAUUCGGGCAUGGAUUCCAUACCCAGAUAUACCCCCAGCAGCCUGGAACCUACCAGCCACUACUCGUCUCUCUCGCCCGUUUCUCGUAGAUUAUCUUUCUACCGUUACUGAGUUUAUUUAUUUAUUUUUGUCUUUUUUUUGUAACUGGAAAUUGUUUAUAAUGUAAAAAAUGUAUAAAUGGUUUGUUCUUACUUUUUUGGUGAAUUAAAAUUUUUUUGUAAUCUCGAGGGUUUAAAGGAAAUGCGAAGAAACGAAGAGGGAUCUUUGUUCUUUUGUGAUUUUGCCGCUGGUGAUUAUUUGUAAUAAUCGCGUCAUGUGUAGUAUUUCACGUUGCUGUAAUGGAGAUUUUUGUACUCGUAUGUAAUUUUCUGUCAUUGACUGUACAGAGGAGUGAAGAGUGAGGGAGUUCACGAAAUAAAUCUACUAGACUAUGACACAUGCCAAUAUAUACUUGACGUUUAUGAAUGUUAUUUUGGUUUAAAGAGAAGCUUUUUAUUAGAUACGUAAUUUUGUGAAAUGUUAACUCUUAAGUUUUAGUCUUUGGUAUCCAGACGGGGCGUCCUACGCAGGGAUUGUCUGUUGCCUGUUUGUUUGGGGUCUGUUCUCACAAUUCAGGCCAGAAUCACGCCGCUUAUUCUCUCUCCCUCAAACAAAUGAGCUCUUACCCUGAAAUAACAGAAAAACGCUGUUUUGGUUUCGUAUAUCCGAACUACCAUAUGCCUGCAAUUUUUUGCGUGGCAAUUAAACAUUUUGUAUUUAAUCAGAACAACAAAAUCGCGUAACAUUUCAGUUUUAUAACUAGAUGUUUUGCAGAGGCGUUGUUAAUAAUCGUUCGGUAUAAAUAUUUCAAGAGCUUGGAAAUUCGAAAUAGCUCACAAUUUCCUUCUGUCAGGAAAAGUGUUAUCAAGUUACCAAAACCAAUUAUAAAUUUGCAGGAAGCUAAAAGUCUCAUGUUAUGAACGUGGUCAGACUUUGUCUUGUUUCUUGACCAUAGUUUCCACAGUGAAAUCUCCAGAUAUUUCCUAAUAAUACGUGUACUACUAUGACUAUGAUGCAUCACUAUGCCGUGACUGGAGAUAAUGAGUCAAAAGCUAUACAACGGUUGAAAGCUCCCUGUCUUUUGUUUAACCUUUUUUGUAUUUUGGAAAAGCACAGUAUCAUAUACGUUACUGUGGCUGAAACCGGCCAGGAAACGGAUUUCAAUCAUGCGUAGUACUUUGACUUACCAACUACUAAUACUGUUGGCCAGCCACUACAAGCCAUAUCAAAUUAUAAGGCAUCAUCAAUCAUAAAAGUUUCUUGACCCAUUCUUUAACAGCGUUUGUGCAACGAGAAAUUCAGAUAAAUAAAAUAUAGCAGGAGCACUUCCAUGGAAAAAAAGAAAUCAACCUUACAAAUUUGCAUCUGAAAAAAAUAGCGUUUGGUAUAAGAAAACUUGAGGCAACCUUACUCCGCUAACGCGUAUAUCCACUUACACUUUUGUCUGUCGAACUUUCAUAUUGCAAACUCCUUGCUACUAGUAUUCAUUCAGCCUUCACUCGUUUGCUGUUCAUCCUUCUCACAGCUCCAUUGUCACCUUAUUCGAACAAGGAAGUCUCAACUGAGCUCAAAAGAGCCUAGCUGAGGUUCUCCCCCGACGGUAACUGACCUCAAAUGGCUUGUUCUGAGAUAAAUAUUACAAUAUAGGAUCCUCUGAGGGCUUAUAGAUCGGAACGGGGUUGGAAGUAGCGCUAAAUUAAAAGUACUAUAAAUGGCGACCUGACAUAAUUUUCCAAGUAACUUUCGGUACUUUCAAAACGCAACGAUAGACUAGAUCUGUAUUCUGAAUCUUUCUGCCGUGUUUUUAUUUUUAUUCUUUUCACAAAUUGUUGUAAUACCUUCAUUAUUAAAACGACUUACAACAAUGUUUGAAAAGCACACUAUACUUAAGACGUGAAAGCAUCGCUUUAGGUAUGGUAGUGAUCGUGGACAAAAACAUUUAUUCACAUUUCUUUGGGGACAUUUUAAAAUGAUCCCAAGACUCGCAUUAAAAAAUCUCAUUAGAGACAGUGUCCUUUUUUGAGGACAUGGCGUUCCUAAUGACUACGAGAUGUAGUUAAAAAGCCUUCGUUUAUUAUUAGAAGGGUUAUUAGAGCCUUCCCCAACUCGCCCCUCUGAGGAGACAACUCGAACAAGCCGAAGGUGGUUCCCGACACUUAUUUUUUUGGGAUUUCUUGCAGCUGCUCCGCGGGAACAGCCGGCAGGAGAAGACAAUCAACUGAGAUUCUAAAGUGACCCGAUACCCUUUUUCUAUAAUCAUCCAUUAUCUUCUACUCCUUCACAGAAUACUCAAAAAUUAACCUAUAACUUGAAUGUGAAACUAUGAUUUGCACAGGUGAUAUUUUUUUAAAUCUACGUUUUUAUAUACUCUUAAAGUCACGUGCAUCAAUUUUAAAAUAAACAAUGGCCAGUCGCUGAACUUCCGCGUUAAAAAAUUUAAUUAUCGUACACAUUCACCUCGCCGCGUUCCGAAGUCAUGCGAGAGUCUAUGUUAAUUUUUUGCAAUGUUGUUCUCUUCCUUUCAAAAUGACAGACAUUGACAUCGCCUCUGGUAUAAGAAAUCCUAUGAAUUGGGGUAUAAUGGAUGAAAUCCUUUUAAGUACUCGAUGUAAACGUGUGAAAUCGGUUAAUGUUUGUAGACUCGAGGGAGAGAGAGAGAGAGAGAUUAUUAAUUUUCUUACUAUAAAACCUAUAUUCCCCAUAGCUAUACUUACUGCAUAGCAGCGUCAAAUCUAAUAAUUCUGGUUUCCAAUUAAAUCAAGGACACAAAUCCAGAACAACAAAGACCAAACAGGUGACAGACAGCGCCAUUUUCAAAGUUGUUGUUGUAAAUAGAUAUUUUUUUUAUUUAUUCCUCGGGAGAUAGUAAUCAUGACGGUUGAAAACGAAUUAUUUUGACUUUUCACCAAAUCGUUUGAGGGACACUGCAGUUGACCGGCUCUUGGGGUCAACUUUAGCCUGUGAUUUGGUGCCAUUUUUUUAUAUAUAUUAACUAAAGAAUUUUUUGGAAGUAUUUCCUCUGUUAUUUAGAGGGAAAAUUGUUGUAGAUAUCUCAGCUUUUAAUUUUUUUUUUCUGGGGGCAAUACCAACCACCGUCCUUAACAAAUCACCCGCCUUUUUUUUUUAUUUCUAAGAGAGUAACUACAUUUCCCGCCUUUAUCAUAGAUGACUAAUGCAUUUCAGCCUUUUUUCUUUCUUUCCAGAAGAUUAAUCAAUUUCCGACCUUCAUCUCCUGGAAGAUUAUAAUAAUCUUUUCUUGAUGGAUUUUCCCCAACUGCCUUUUUUCUUCUUUUUUUGUAAUCUCUGUAAACGAAGUGAUUGUUUCAUAGUUUUUAUAGCCCAUGUACAUCCCUUAUAUUAUACUUAUCAUUAAUUGUAUUUGAAGGAUAAUAUAUUUCUGUGAUUUUAGAA